UUAUCCGUUAAAGUGGGCUUUUACAGUCGGUUCGAGAGAUAUUUCAGCCGCUCUACAGCGAACAAGCAGACCUGUCUCUCACUUCCGGUCGGAGGGGCAGAGCCACGUCACGUUAACGGCGCCAUAGAAAUACAUUCAAUAGAUCGGACACCCGUGAUCAAUUAACACGAAUAAAACCUCGUUGCGUCACCUCAGAAACCAUUAUCAAAGUUUAUUUUCUCAAGUGGAAGCUUAAUUUAUUAAAAUCACGUCAAUUCGGUCCACUCGACCGAGCUACAUGGUUGGUUUUCCUCAUUCUUUUAUGGCGGUCAUCCAGGCCGGAGGGGGGCGCUAGUGAGCUUCACCCCCCCGGCUGGAUGUACGCACUCCCCCCCCGUAGGAGUGGCCCGACCGUUUCGACAUCGCCUCACCCGGCGUGAACGACAGCGGCGAAGCUAGAUGGUACUUCGAAUCGGCAGCUAACGUUUGGGGAUUUGCAUUUCCAAGAAGCGACACACAUUUCUCUCACCGUGGAGCCGGACUUUUACCACCAUGGCGCUCUACGAAUAUGUCACUCAGGAGCAGCUCGCGGGCUUCGACAAAUACAAGUACAGCGCGGUGGACUCCAACCCCCUGUCCGUCUACGUCAUGCACCCUUUCUGGAACUUUGUGGUUAAGUUUCUGCCCACAUGGUUGGCUCCAAACCUCAUUACAUUUACAGGCUUUAUGUUCCUUGUGUUGAAUUUCGUCAUGUUGGCCUUCUACGACUUUGACUUCACUGCCUCUGCUGCAGGACACGAACACGUGCCUAGUUGGGUCUGGGUUGCUGCAGGGAUCUUCAACUUCUUGGCCUAUACACUCGAUGGUGUUGAUGGUAAACAGGCUCGUCGCACCAACUCCUCCACGCCACUAGGGGAGCUGUUCGACCACGGCCUGGACAGUUGGGCCUGCAUCUUUUUUGUGGCCACCGUCUACUCCAUAUUCGGCCGCUUGGAAAGCGGCGUAGGCGUGACCACGCUAUAUUACAUCCUGUGGGUGGUGCUGUUCUCAUUCAUUCUGUCUCACUGGGAGAAAUAUAACACUGGCAUCUUGUUCUUGCCCUGGGGGUACGACAUCAGCCAAGUGACCAUCUCCCUUGUUUACUUAGUCACUGCCGUGGUCGGCGUGGAAACAUGGUACCAGCCAAUCCUGUGGCACUUCCUCUACAGAGACCUUUUCAGCUUUAUGAUCAUCGUCUGCUCCUUCACUGUCACCUUACCCAUGAGCCUCUACAAUGUCCUGAAAGCUCACCGCAGUAACACUCUGAAGCACAGCAGUCUGUACGAGGCCUUCCUGCCCUUCCUGUCUCCCAUGCUCCUCUUUGUCCUGUCCACGAUUUGGGUGGUCUGCUCUCCAUCCAACAUCAUCGAGCUGCAGCCCAGGAUCUACUACCUCAUGGUGGGGACGGCCUUCGCUAACGUUACGUGUAAGCUCAUUGUGUGUCAGAUGAGUAACACGCGCUGCCAGCCGCUGAGCUGGCUGUUGCUGCCAAUGGUGGCUGUGGUGUUGUUAGCGGUGACCGGAGUGUUCGCCAACGAGACCCUGCUGCUGUAUCUGUGGACAGCUUUUGUCAUACUAGCACACAUACACUACGGCGUAUCAGUGGUACAACAGCUCAGCGGCCACUUCAACAUCCUCGCCUUCUCUCUUAAAAAGCCCAACAGUGACUGACAGGAGGAGGAACGAAUCGGCUUGAAAGAAGCGGAGGUUUAGGCUGCUCCCCUCCUCGGCUUAUCGACACUUCACUCUCAUCACCACGGAAACCGCAUCCCCUCCUCCUCCAUCCAUGAGGACACUGCAAGUGGAAUGGACCAUGGCCCUUUUUUCCACUGCCCCCCCCCCAAAAAAAAACACACACUCACACACACAACACACUCACUCGCACACAUAUUCCCGACCAGUCAAACUCUGGUGUCUGCGAUGGGAGGCGGGCCCAGGGGCUCUGGCUUCCGUCACUUGGUGAUUGGCUGAUUUGGUUGAGCCAAUGAGGUGCAAUUGUUUCCUACGGAAAUGUGCUUCAGUCAUGAGAACAGGAGCCUAUGAAGACACACAGACACACACACACAAACAUACAUUAUUCUGCUUUCAUGCAGAUCAUUUAUAUCAGUGGCUGGUAUCUCAAACUCACACACACACACACACACACACACACACACACACGGUCUCAUAAAGUAUUAUGAAUGUAUGAUAUGCCUUGGGGAAACGCCAUUUAAGUUUUAUUAUAUUAACAGGAAUGCCUCAAGUAGUGUCGUUUCAAACUGGACCCAAACUCUAGAUUCUGGCCCGACGUGUCCGGAGUUUAAAGGUUCGGUCACUUUUUCUCACCAUCGGGUGAUUUUCAGUUGGAAAUCCCUGUGAUAAAUGUUAUAU